CAGUCGCACUCACUGUGUCAAUGACUUAAUGUAAGCGUUGUUAAUGACAUCAUGUGACCAAUAAUAUGGCAGCUGUGAGGUCACUGUAAUAACAGACUGCCCAUGAAGGCGGAGCUCCAGAAGUUCUAGGAUUUUAUUUUGAAGGUUAUUGAUUAGCAAGUAUCUGCUCAGCUGCAGGGGUCAGACUGUCACAAGGACCUGAAAUCUCGUCUCACCGCAGAUUGUUUUGGAUGCGUGACUGCAGUGAACUCACUGACAGACAUUUGCUGCCAUCGCUUAAGUCGACUUGUUAUUAGCAUUAAUCUAAAACUGCAUUUUUAAGGGACGCUAAGUUAGUAAAGUGACAGAUACACUGCAGGACUUUCAUCACAGGGUCAGAGUUUGGACUUCCUCUCCAAAGGAUGAGUUAUUCAAACUUCAGCAAUGAGCGGAUGUGACUCUCCCUGAUCUCCCCUCAGAUCAUCAACCUGUGCUUCAUCCUCUACUACCUGUUUGAAAUGUGUGUGAAGAUCUUUGCGUUCGGCUGGCAGGGCUACCUGUCCUACAGGAACAACAUCUUCGACGGCUUCCUCACCGUCCUGUUGUUGGCCCUGCAGAUCACCAUUUUUAUCACCUACAGGCUUCCGUAUUCUCAGUGGGAGCCCUCCGCUCACGGCGUGCUGUCGCUGUGGGAGAUGAUCCGUCUGGUCAACCUGCUGAUUGUUUUCCGCUUCCUGCGCAUCAUCCCGGACAUCAAGGUACGAUCCCAGAUUCAAACACGUCGUCUGUCAGAGUUUGACGAAUCAUAGCCAAACACUGUUUUCACAGUUUCACUUGGAAGGUCAGAGAAAAAUAUACAAAUGCUUUUAUGUGACAGUCAGGUCAUGUUUAUGUGUGAGUCAGCGUCAGCAAGAGUCUCGCUGCUUCUUACAUCCUUACAUCACCUGUUUCACCAUCGAGCUUCAUCGGCUUUUCAAAAAGUGAGAAAAAUCCAGUCCCAGCUGCAAAACGUUGGGACGCUCCCAUAAACUCAGUUUUAUUAACAGUGCAACACAGAAAACAGAGAAACUAAGAAAAUGUGCCGAUCAGAGCUCAUUUUGAAUUGGAGGCCGAUUUGGAACAAAACCAGUCUGUGGAGCUCCUCAGUCCUCCAGCUCAUCGCAGUCCAAGGAGCUCGGAAACAGAAGCGUCCGGACCUCUUUAACUUUCUUAAAUACGUUUCUUCAGUUCAAAGAGCAGCGAUUGGUGGAGAGUCACAGAUUUAAGCCCUGUGGGCGUCGCCAAGAGGGCCGUGGACCCCCUGUGGAUCCUCUACCUCAGGGGUGGGCAACUCCAGGCCUCGAGUGCCGGGGUCCUGCAGGUUUUAGAUCUCACUCUGGGUCAACACACCAGAAUCCAAUGAUUAGCUCAUUAGCAGGCCUCUGGAGAACUUCAAGUUAUGUUGAGGAGGUGUUGAGGUCAUUUAGCCAUCUGAAUCAGCUGUGUUGGAUCAAGGAC